AUGUCAGACUCGGGGAGCUUGGAACAAGAAAAUGCGCAUCUUAAGGAACAAUUGCACAACUACAUCCAAGAAAAUAUACAACUUAAAAAAUUUUUGGAAAAAGAAAGAAAUAUAAACCGCUGUCUUAACAAACAAGCUAUUGAGUUGGCAUACGUUUACAAGAAAAAACUUCAAAAUGACAAGGCUCGAUUACAAUUAAAUUAUCAAAGCCGUAUUAAUGAAAACAACAUGUAUCUUAAGCAGUGUUGUGAAAACCUUCAAAAAUCAGAGAAGGAAAAGAAUAAAAUGAAAGAUGCUCAAUUAAAAGCUAUGCGAAUUUUUUUGAGUAAUAGAUAA